CAAGUCCGCGCGUCUUAAAAACGUGGUUUUAAAAACAUGUGAAAGUCAACGUAAAACGAUAUAAAUUGUUAACAUUACUCACUUAAAUUACAUUCACUAGUUUAUACCAGUAUAAGACGACACGAAUAUUUAGUAUUAUUUAAUUAAUCCUCAUUGUCAAAUAAUGAUAUGUCCUAUGAACUUCAAUGAGCGCCAAUUUCAUUAAUCAAGAUGGAAGACAUACAACACGAUGUACAAUAUUCAACACGAUCGCUGAUUGGCAAUAUUUCAUACAAUCGAUUUAUAAUCUGCUGUAAGAUAUUUCCAAACAUCAUUGAACAAGGGAUAAGGAACGAGAAAGAAAGCGAGUCUCAAUAAAACGAUCGAAGGAAAGCAAGCGAUGAAGGAGAACGAAAGACGUAGUAGACGGGGGGACGAUUAACAGCGUCUCGACGCGUCACAGCGCGUUCUUAACCGAUGCAGCGUCGAGCACCAGCGUUAAGUUUCAACGAGGAAACUUACCGACCGCAUCUCAGCGCACUCUACACUCGGCGAGCGCCUCUUGGCAACAAAUUGCGAAGACGAAUUUCCAUUUUUUCCAAGAACAAUUAAUAGCCGCGGAAAGAAUCGGGAUAGCGGUCUUAAAAAUCGGUCCGCUUAAUAUGCAUGCGCAUAAUUUACAGGGCGCCACUGGUAUUGGAAUGAUUAAAUUAAAGUCGCCGCCAGGGGGUGGAAUGUUUUUCAACCGACGACCCGCGCACAAAGAUGAUUUGUCUGGGGAAAAUAUUAAACAAAAACACGCCACUGAGGCAGCGUCGAAAAAUUUGCAUCGUUUGAUUAAAAAAUGGGAAAGUGGAUAUUUUAAAAACAGAUCACGAUAAAAGUAGAUGAUCUUCCCAAAAGAAGUUGGACUUUUUCAACAAAUGUUCUUAUAUGCCUUGUCAAGAGUUCUUCAGAUGAAUUAACGUUUAAGCUUCAGUUCUAAACGUAUCUAUGUGAUUAAUAAUAGCUUCUUUUACUUGAAAAUAUUAAACAAUAGUAUACUUAAAAUAAUUUGGCACGAAGUACAUAGAGCGUAUAAUUUUAUUCAAAAUGACAGUAUUUCUAUCGAAUAUCUACAGUAUAUUGUACAAGCUGUUAAAACAUUCUAAAUUAGUUGUAUACUUUAUCAAAGUAAAUAGCUUAUCCUUCGUUUCGAGUCGCUUACAUUUCGAGACGACGUUCACGGUGAUAAAUCGAAUGAGCGAAAUAGGAAACGUUCCCGACGUCAAAAUACAAGCAAUUCGUUUGCGACUCACCAGGAAGACGAACAGGCAGCUCGGCGAAAUUAACAGCUUGCUCCUUUAGUCGUAAUUGUUUCUAGAAACGUUUGCUUCUUGGAUUAUGGCUCGAUCAAGUGCAGAGUAAUUGGAAGGCGCUUCGACGUCGAGAAGACAACACUCACGUCGAAUCGAUUCCUCGUCGAACAUUUUAUAUUCGUUAGACAGUACAUUAUUUCCAGCCAAUACUUGCAUGCGAACAUCCCGACUUCUGUAACAUGGAUUCUUCUGAAUAUUUUACGAAAUUCUAUUCCCAACACGGGAAACAGGACGUUCUUAAAAGCGACGCAGGUGGAAUUAACGAGUGAACGAACGAGGACAAGCUUAUUCAGAAGAUACGACGACGACUGUCGACCUUUUUUUAGGAGGAAAGAGCCAAGAAAGGAGCGGCAGGAUAAGCGAAGAUCGGAUUAUCUGCCGUCAGAUUCGAUAGUUAUCAAGUUCCAGUUGAAACUUGUUCAAGAUUCGCACGGCGCCGUGGCGGUGCAGCGAACUGAACCUUUUUCCCUCGAUUCUCCAGUUUCUACUGUAAUUUUCGUUUUAUAUAUUUUUAUAUAUUGUAAUAAUAAACGGUCAUAAGUUUACGAAAAAUACACAUUGAAAGGAAAGAUAGAGAAAUAAUAGAAUAGAAUAAAAUAAAAUACAAUGUUAAUGCAAUGAUGAAUGAAAUAAAACAGAAAUUAUAUAAUAAAGAUACAAUGAAAUAAAAGAAGACCGUGGAUAGAUAUAGAAGUCGAAGCGAAAAACCGAGAAAUACCGUCAGUAAGUGUCCGAACAAGAAUGAGAUUAAAUUCUUACAAAUUAACCAUUGUAACGAACUGCUUGAACGCGUGAACGGGAACCGGAUAAAAAAUCAACCCUAUUCGCAACACCAUUGACGUAGUUACAUAUUCCUGAAACGAGAUCGGAAAACUUUAGAUUCAUAAUUUCACCUUCGUAUUGUCACAACUUCGAUACAAAUUAUCGAUCAAAUAUUUAACAAUGUUAAGCGAUAACGAGGUCCCUUCUCAGGGGUUAAUAGCUAGCGAGAAACAUCGAUAUAUGUACAUACCCGCAUGUAAAAAAUGCGGUGAGGCGCUAGUCAUAGUGUUUAUCAUCGGUCGUUCGGUUCUCCUGCGCAUCAUUUUUAUCCAUUUUCUAUUACGUUCGUUGAAAAUGGAUAUCAAGAGACGGAGGGGUAAUCUGCCUUAAAACUACCAUGAAACACGCAUCGAGACACGAACGAGUCUCGCGACGAGUGCGUCGAAUGUACUUCGGUACCAAUAAAUAACAACACAACACCGUCGAAUGUCACGCGGCAAAGGCAGGGGCGAACGACGGAGCAACCGAAAAGUGGUAUCCGUCAGGCUUGCAGGAUGUGGAGAGAGGGGUGGGAGAGACGCCGUGCGUCGAGACGCCUCGGUCCGCUCAGUCACCGCCCAGACCGCGCCGCGAGCGAUUCAUCCGUCGUGACUUUCGCGUGUUCACGCCGGAUCUCGUGUCAGUGACUUUCGUUGUCUUUAAUCGUCACUUGAUCACCGUCUCUGUCUCGCGAAUGAAUCUUAACUCUCGGCACUACGAUAUUGUACGUUUCAGUCACGUGUUGGCACUUUAUCGUCGAUUUUCAUUCAAAGAUUGCGGCUACCGGUGGCCCCGGUUAGAACCGCGUUGAUCCAGGCGUCGCGUGACCGUGUGAUCUACCCGCGUCGAACAGUGAUUCCCUCGCAUCGAUCACGUGAACUGCAGUGUAAGUUAGAAGUGGUGCCGUGGUGGAGUCGGCUGGAACGCAUCCUGCGGAAAGCGGUUUCCUCUGGAGGCACUCAGAAAGCAAUCAAGAUCCAUCGCUGCCCGGAAAUGCCAGAAAGUCAAGGUGAGACGAGGACGUGAGGGCUGAUCCGAUGAAUGGGGCUCAGCUCUGGCACAGUUUUCCACCGAGGGAAAUCAUGACAGGAACAUACCGACGAUCGAAAGCGCGUACGAAGAUGAGGAGCAUGGCGCCAGGGGCGCGAGAUCCCCUGGUGAAAGUGGUCUCGGCGAAGAAAUCGGUGCUCCUGACGAUGAUUGCGCAGAUUUACCUUUGAGGAUGGAUAUUAACACGAUCAGGGGUUGGAACUCGGGCGCGAGGAGCGGUUUCCUACGGGGCAUCGGGCAGCGCGUGAGCUUCGACCCCGAGGCACCGCCGCUGCCGCCGCAACCUGCAAGAAAGGUCGAUGAAAAGGUCAAGAGGCACAGUAUCCACGGCAUGAUAGAGGAAGAGAACGUGGUGAGACCGCACCAGGAAAUGGCUAGUCUGUCCUAUCAAGAGAAGAAGUACCUUCUCGCGGUGGAACGUGGAGAUGUUGCUUCUGUCAGAAGGAUGUUGCAGAGUGCUCACGAAACCGAAAUGAACAUCAACUGCGUGGAUCCAUUGGGACGUUCGGCGCUUUUAAUGGCGAUCGAUAACGAAAAUCUGGAAAUGGUGGAGCUGCUGAUCGAGCAUAAAGUCGACACGAAGGACGCGUUGCUUCACGCCAUCUCCGAAGAAUUCGUCGAAGCGGUCGAGGUACUUCUGGAACACGAGGAAAGUCUUCAUCGAAACGGGGAGCCACACGUUAGUCGCUUUCAUCGUCUAGUAUAUAGCUGGGAAGCGCUGCCAUCGGACACCGCAACCUUCACACCAGACAUUACACCCCUAAUCUUAGCCGCUCAUAGGGAUAACUACGAGAUCAUUAAGAUCCUGCUGGACCGCGGAUCCACGUUACCUAUGCCACACGAUGUUCGUUGCGGGUGCGACGAGUGUGUAACAUCGAGGAGAGAGGAUUCUCUGAGGCAUUCCAGGAGCCGAAUAAACGCAUACAGAGCUCUAGCAUCGCCGUCCUUGAUCGCUCUUUCCUCAAAGGACCCCAUCCUAACUGCGUUCGAGCUCUCUUGGGAACUUCGGCGACUUUCGUUCCUCGAGCACGAAUUUAAGUGCGAAUAUCAGGAGCUUCGAAGACAAUGCCAAGACUUUGCUACUGCUUUACUGGAUCACACUAGAAGUUCCUACGAGCUGGAGGUGCUCCUAAAUCACGAUCCCACCGGGCCAGCGUUCGAGCACGGCGAAAGGAUGCAUCUGAACCGGCUGAAACUCGCUAUUAAACUUCGGCAGAAAAAGUUCGUGGCGCAUCCCAACGUGCAGCAGUUACUCGCAUCGAUUUGGUACGAAGGUCUUCCAGGCUUCCGAAGGAAAAACAUGGUCCUCCAGGCGCUGGAGAUCGUCAGGAUCGGCGUCCUCUUUCCUUUCUUCAGCGUUGCAUACAUCAUCGCGCCCCACAGCGUGGUCGGCCAGACUAUGAGGAAACCGUUCAUCAAGUUCAUCUGUCACUCGGCCUCGUAUUUCACUUUUCUUUUCAUGUUGAUUCUGGCUAGUCAAAGGAUAGAAAGCGUGAUCGGGAACUGGAUGGGUCACGAUGUCAUAGAGCACGAACCAGCACCGACGAAAAGAGGCGCUGCUCCAACGAUCGUCGAAUGGUUCAUCCUGGCCUGGGUAUCCGGCCUGAUUUGGUCCGAAGUGAAGCAGUUGUGGGACGUCGGCCUCGAGGAGUACGUGAACGACAUGUGGAACGUGAUCGACUUCGUUACCAACUCCUUAUACGUAGCUACGGCCGCGCUCAGGGUGGUCGCUUACUACAGGGUGCAAAAAGAAACUCAGAAGUCCGGAUCCAUGAUCGAGCUGCAACGCGAACAAUGGGAUACGUGGGAUCCAAUGCUCAUAUCCGAGGGCCUUUUCUCCGCCGCCAAUAUAUUCAGCUCUCUGAAACUCGUCUACAUUUUCUCCGUAAAUCCUCACCUCGGUCCACUGCAAGUCUCCCUGUCUAGGAUGGUGAUGGACAUCAUGAAGUUCUUCUUCCUCUAUGUGCUGGUGCUAUUCGCCUUCUCCUGCGGUCUAAACCAGCUGCUAUGGUACUACGCGGAUAUGGAGAAGAAACGGUGCCCGACCGCGAUGGCUUAUUCUGGUAACACCAACGUCACGACCGAUUCGAACGCUUGCAUCGUUUGGCGUAGAUUUGCAAAUUUGUUCGAAACCGCGCAAACGCUAUUCUGGGCCGUGUUCGGACUAGUCGACCUCGAGAGCUUCGAACUGGAUGGCAUAAAAGCGUUCACCAGGUUCUGGGGCAUGCUGAUGUUCGGCACGUACUCGGUGAUCAACAUCGUCGUACUAUUGAAUCUAUUAAUCGCCAUGAUGAACCAUUCCUAUCAGUUGAUCUCUGAACGUGCCGAUAUCGAAUGGAAGUUCGCCAGGAGCAAACUCUGGAUCAGCUAUUUCGAGGAGGGUGGCACGGCUCCACCACCGUUUAACAUCAUCCCGACUCCGAAGAGCGUUUGGUACAUGGGCCAAUGGUUGUAUCGGAAGCUGUGUGGCCAUAGCAGAGCUGCCAAGAAGGAGCACAUGAGAACGAUCAGAAGAAAAGUUAAGCAAGCAUCGGAAAGAGACUUUAGGUAUCAAAGUAUUAUGAGGAAUUUGGUGAGAAGGUACGUGACGGUGGAGCAAAGGAAAGCAGAGAGCGAGGGUGUGACAGAAGACGACGUGAACGAGAUUAAACAAGAUAUCAGCGCCCUGAGAUGCGAAUUGAUCGAGAUUUUAAAGAAUUCCGGCAUGAACACGUCCACAGCCAGUGGCGCUGGAACUGACGGUAGCCUUAAAGAGCUGUCCAUAGGUGCGGGGGGUAAGAAGAAUCGUCAGAAGGAGCGGCGUCUAAUGAAGGGAUUCAAUAUCGCCCCUCAACCCAGUGGAAGUGGCAGUCUACCGCCGGUUGACGAAUUUACAGCGUCGCUGCAACAAGUGCAGCAGGAGAACUCCCACGAGAUAUUUGGUUCGACCUUGAGCGGGAUAUUUGGACCAGGCGCCACACCGAAGAAGAGUCCACAUCACAUCAGUACUAACAGCGUUCCGGGACUCGGUACGAGCAGACAGAGUCGCAGAAUUAGGGGAAGUUCCAAGAAGAAGAGGUGGGAAAACCUUAUCGAGGCAGCUAAAGUUCGAGGCAGAGUCUCGAGGUUAAUCGGUAGAUCUCGUUCAGAGGAUUCCGUGUACUCGCCUGCUUCUGAAGAUGGUGGUUCAAGAUCGGAAGGAUCGACGGACUCAAAAUCAUCAUUGGAGACCCCUGGACCCGAAGUCCAGGCCACGCACCAUUCCCAUCACGCGCAUCAUUCGCAUCAUCACGAAGGACAUCACAUGUUCGCUCAUGGUCUAGGCGCGCUGGUGGCACUCCGAAAGAAACGGAAGAACUUCUCAGACUCCAGGGCGACUUCGGGAAUGAGGAGCAGCAGCGGUACGAGUCCGAUAUACCCGAUCACCUCGGUUCUCGUUUCGAAAGUAUCGAAGAAACAACAACUACAGAGAGCCAGCAGCGUACCUGCUAGAGGACCGGAAUUGGGCCAACAGCCGAUUCCACCGAGGAGACACGAAGGCACGCAAAGUCAGCAGCCUAGUAUCGACACACCUGAGGGUGUCAACGUUAACGAGCAACCUGUGGUUCCGGCUGCUCCGCUGACACCAUCAACGACGGAGGAGAGCGUGGUCGCGAGCAGUUCUCUCCCAGCGACCAUGAAAAGGAACGGAUCAGCGACGCAGCUACAGCGACUUCCGGGUAUCGAGCCGAUAUCCGGCCACGAUGUAUCCGGAGGAUGGCUCUGAGAAGAUUCAACGAUCGCUCCGCAGCAACGUAUCACGUACUGGAAUCGAUAUUUGCGCGUAGACGAGUUGCAUUUCCACUGACCAGCAAAGGCUGGAACGACGACAUCGAUCGCGAAAGAGGAUCGCGUAAGAUCGCGUGGUCGUCGGCGCACGCACAAUGAUGCCUUUUUGGCGACGACGCAUUUCGCCGAGACAAAGAAAACUAUAUAGAUAUAUAUGUACAUGUAUUAUUUAAUAAGCGACGUCGCCCGUGAAUCUCGAGCAACACUAACUCGUCGACCCAUCACGGCCCCCUUUACUUCGAUGUUUCGUGGGAGAAGAAGAGAAUGGGAGAGAGCCUAACUAUAACUUUAAUACGAGCGUCUUUCACCUAACGCGUCAACUUUCUCGUUUCCGGGGAAGAAGAUUAACUUUCGCGGCGCUUUAUGUCGAUCUGAGAAACAAAGUUUCCGAACACGUUGCAGACCGAAAACGCGCGGCGCUUAUCCCUCAAAGAAAAAAUGUUUCCCCGAAAAAAACAUCGCCAAGAUUUUCAUUAAAAUUGUCCAAGUUUUCUAGCGUCGAUCACGUCGACCUAUAUCGCGUUCCUAAUGAUCAUACCGACGUAACUUAUCAUUUUCACGUGCUCACGCCGUCGGAUUUAAUCUCAUCGUCGCCCGUGCGUAAACAUUAUCACCGAUGAUUUUAUACCGUGAGAACGACGAUCGGAACAGAUGAUACUUCCACGGAGACGAUUUCGAUCCGUUCCGUAUCGUCUAACGACCUACUAUUACUAUACUGUUAUUACUAUUGCUACUACUGCCAGAACGGAAGGGGCAAGUGGGUCGACGACAACUAACCUAGUCAGCACUAGUCGGAUGAUCUCAUACGAAAGAAGAGGAUUGCGACGAUCGGUAGUUGCGUUAACAUUUUACGGACGAUUAUAAUUAACUCGGAAGAACUGGAAAAAUCGUUAUCGUCGUUCGCGUUAACGGACUGGCGAACAUGUCGAAUUUAUGCAUGCCGCUUCAGGAAGCUGGUCUGCUGAAGAUUGGUGCUCUUUUACAAUCUUCUCCCAUUUUUUAAUUCAACUAGUCAUCUAUUACUGCUUUAUUUUAUCAUUCAACGAACUCUAGUCAAUGAUACUCAAUCGUACAGUGUAUUUUUUUCUUUUUAUCUUACUCUUUUAUUCUGACGAAGAAGCGAUUAUCAUAAGGGAAAGGAAGGAAAUGAUCGAAAUUUAGGAUACGUUUCUCCCGGUCGAUAUUCGUUUCCGGAAUUUCUAACAACUAUUGUAGAAUCUGCUGACAGCGAUAAAAACGGACGGCAGAAUUGCACGAAUCGAAAAGCUUCGAACACGACGAUUUCUUUUCUUCCCAUUGACAAAAGGGAAGCGUAUCCUAGCAAGGACAAUUUGCUGCGUCCGCGGUAAUCCUUUUUCCUUUAUUAGCGGUUUACGAAGCAGGGAGGACGAGAUAAAUGUGUCACGACCAAAACAAAACGAGCCGUAGCGUAGUCGAGUAGAGGCCUAAAACAGAUUAAGAUCCGUACUACUUCCUAGAUAUUACGUGUACGUAUGAUAAUAACUGUAAUUAAUGUGAACCCGGUGUCAGGAGCGCGGAAGAGAAUCUCGUUAUCCAAAGGAUCCACUCGAAUUUCCAUCGUCUUCGUAUCCUAUUUGAGUUCGUGAGCCUGACAGACCGUACGUAAUUACUAUACCGCCUACGUGUAUUAUUUAUGAGAUUAUUAUUGUAAAUGUAAAGUUAGAUGUCCAUUUGGCAAACGUCGUAGUGAGUGUUAUCUUGUGAAGCGGUUAUCAUUGUAAAGAAACGAACAAACAAAACAAAAAAAAAAAAAAAGAAGAGAAAGAAGGAGAAAAAUAGAAACGCGAAACAAGGUGAGAAAGAAGCAUACGAUGGAACGAGAGUACACGCAAAACGGAACCAACGUUUUAUUAACGACCUAAACCGGUUGAAACAAUAGAUCGUAACUCGAAGACGAAUCAUAGAAUUUAGCGGAAUUUUUUAACGAUCGAAAUUAAUAUCGUUUCCGAUAGCACAGCAUUCAUCAUCAGAAGUCAGAUAUUUUAUAGAGAAUACGCGAUCUGUUAGAUCGGGGGCAAGAGUGCAGAAGUAUAGGAGACCUCGAGAUUAGCCAAUUCGCAGCGUUAUCGUUUCGUAAAUAUUUGUUGAAGCUUGAUUAAAAAUAUUUACAAAAAUUAUAAGAGUUUCGUAAAGAUAUACGAGUUUCUAUAACUGUCAGGGUACGAUUCGAAUUAUUGUAUAUCGAUGUUGAAGAAAAAGAAAGAUACGUUUAACAGAUAAACGAUUAUUAUCGAAACUAAUUGAAAUUAAUAUUGAAAAAAGCUUCUGUGCUUGUUUUUGCGACAUGGCCUACUCCGGACGCGCAUGAAUUUCCCAUCGAACGUAUAAAACUCUUUCGGU